UGGCGUGCCAUUCCGCACAAAAAGUGCGCUGUUGAAAUUUUUCUUGCUGACAACAAACGCAUCAUAAUUUACAGCUGAAAUAAUACAAAUAGUUGAAAAUGACAACAUAGUGUGCAUAAAAAGUGUUUGUAUGGUGUAUUUUCGGAUAAAACUAAGCGUGCUUGUGCUUUAAAAGUUCGGCAUCGACUAAUAGAAUUUGGCGAUUUUUUACCGCUGGCUGCUGCUCUUAGAUUGUGAAAAUUGCAUAUUGUCUACAGGUAAGAGCGUGACGAGGGAGAGAGAGAACUUUUAGCAGCAGCUAACAAUGGCGGACAUUGUUUAUCCCAACGGCUGUCGGCCGUUGGUUGAGGAUCUGGGCACAGAUGAGCUUAUACGCCGCCUUAAGACACUGGCCAAUGUGCUGCAGACAAUGGAUCAAGAUGACAAUUUGCAUCAGCAGUAUAUACCUCUAGCCUUGCACCUACUCGAUGAUUUUUUUAUGCAGCAUCAGUCGCGGGAUGUCCAAUUGCUGAUUGCAUGCUGCAUAGCGGAUGUGUUGCGCGUUUAUGCGCCCGAAGCGCCCUACAAGGAGCAGGAUCAAAUCAAAGCGAUUUUUAAGUUUUUCAUCAAGCAACUCCAUGGUCUGAAGGAUCCGCGUGAUCCCUCGUUCAAGCGUUAUUUUUACUUGCUAGAAAACCUGGCCUUUGUCAAGUCAUUUAACAUGUGCUUCGAGCUGGAGGACUGCCAGGAAAUAUUUCAUGAGCUCUUUAGCACCGUUUUUAAGAUCAUCAAUGAUCAGCACAGCGUGAAAGUGAAGAACUUUUUCCUUGAUGUGCUGAGUCCGCUGAUAACCGAGGCAGAUAAUUUGUCUGUCGAACUUUUGGAUCUUAUACUUAUCAACAUUGUGGAGCCAAACAAGUCGACCAACAAGUAUGCCCACGAGCUGACGGAGCAGCUUUUGGUCAAAACGGGCGAUGCCUUCGAGGCAACCAUCAAAUUGUUCUUCAAUCGUUCGUUGGUCAUGGACAAGCCGAAUAACAAGCUUGCCAUUACGAGCAAGAUUUAUGAUAUCAUCUAUGAGCUUAACCAAAUCAACAGCGACCUGCUGGUUUCGGUGCUGCCGCAGCUGGAAAAUAAGCUUCUCUCCACCGACGACGCCGAGCGAUUGAGAGCCACAACACUGCUGGCACGCAUGUUUUCUGAGAAGGACUCACAAUUGUCAAAGAAGUAUCCAUCGCUUUUGCGUACGUUUUUUGGUCGAUUUUGUGACAUUACUGAGCCUGUGCGCGUUAAAUGCGUUCAAUCUUCAAUGCAUUUUCUACUCAAUCAUCCGCACCUGCAGUCUGAAAUAACCGAAAAGCUCCGCAUGCGUCAUCACGAUCUGGACGAGCUGGUGCGCCAUGAGGUUGUGAUGGCCAUUGUGGAAACAGGGAAACGAAAUUUUGACAUUGUUGUCAAAUCGCCGGAACUAUUAGAAAUUGUGCGCGAACGCACAAUGGACAAGAAAUACAAAAUACGUCGUGAUGCUAUGAACGGACUGGGCUACAUCUACAAGCGCGCAAUUUGCGAGCCAAACGACUUAAGUUCAGAGGUGAAACAGCAGGUGGAUUGGAUAAAGAACAAAAUCAUGCAUGGCUACUAUAAGCUUUGCCUUGAGGACAAACUAUUGGUGGAGCGGCUGCUCAUCACCUGUCUGGUGCCGUAUAAACUGGCGCCUGAGGAGCGAAUGAAGAAGCUGUAUCAUCUGUUGGGUGAUUUGGAUACAAAUGCGACCAAAGCGUUUGUCGAGCUUCAAAAAAAUCAGAUGAAAUCACGCCACACGGUUAGCGAUUGGAUAAAGUUGCAUCACUCCAAGGAAUUUACACCACGCGUGCUCAGCCAAUUGGCCGCCAAACAGGCCAAUAUUGCCAAAUUGCUGCCGGAUCCGUUGAAGGCUAGUGAGUUUAUCACACAGUUCAGUCAACAUCUGCGCAAGGAUGCGCAGCUGCUACGCUGCAUAAACAUUGUUCUCAAACGCGAUGUCAGUUGUCGCGAGUGCGCCGACACAAUGAGCGUGCUGCUCAAAAAACUAGGCGCUCAUGUUAUGACUAAUCUUUACUAUAACACAGUCAAGAUGCUCAUCGAACGAGUGGCGUCCGUCAUGGUGGACAAGGAGUCAAUUGGAGUGCUGAUCGGCUUAAUCGAGCAGUGCAUUCAGGGCGGUGAAAUUUGCAACGAGAUUGGAAUACCAUCACACGAAGCAGGCGAACGCGGCCUAAAGUUGUUAAGCAUGCUAUCUUAUGUCUUUUCGGCCCAUUUCUUUACGGAUACCUCACUGCGACAUCUAAUUGCGCUACUAAGUUAUGAGUACGAAUAUGUGGCACCGUUGGUGCUGAAAACGCUGACGCAUUUAGGUCGUUAUCAGCCGCUUAUCGACGAUGCCAAUCCGGCUAUACUGAAUGAACUGGCGCCCAUCUGCAAGGACUUUGCGCUAAUGGGUACGCCCAAGCAGGCAAAACAUGCGGUGCGCUGUAUAUUUGUCAAUAGUCAAUCGUCAUCGACGGCCACGACGGAUGGCGGCGGCAGUGCCUCAACUACAACCCAAACGGUGCAUCCCAUUUUCAAUGAGAUCAUUGAGGAACUGAGGGUUAAACUCGCACCCAAUUGUGAAUAUCAACGCACCAAGAUUGUCACAUUGGGACACAUCGCGCUCAACAUGCCGCAGGCAUUCCUAACACCCAUAAAGAACAUGAUUGCCCGUCGAAUUGUCAAAGAGCUUCUCAUACAGGAAGUUCCGGCGCAACGCGAACACGAACUGCCUGAAAGCGAUUGGUGCGAGCAGGAUGAGCUGCCGCCCGAUACACUCUGCAAGCUGGAUGCUCUUAAGACAAUGGCGCGUUGGCUACUUGGCUUACGUUCAGAUGAGCAUGCAGCGCAGAAAACUUUCCGCAUGCUUGCAGCCUUUGUUAAUCAGCGCGGCGAUUUGCUUGCCCAGAAUCGACUGUGUGGUGCCGAGAAGUCCUGGUUGCGUCUCGGCGCAGCCUGCGCAAUGCUCAAGGUGUGUGAACAGAAGGGUGUUGGCGAUCAAUAUAGUGCCGAGCAGUAUUUACAGCUUUCCCAACUAAUGGAGGAUCCGGUGCUGGAAGUGCGUGAGAUAUUUGCUCGAAAAUUGCAUAAGGGCUUGGGCAGGAGUCUACCGCGCAAUUGCUUACCCUUGGACUUUAUGGGUUACUAUGUGCUUAGCGGCAAGGAGACCAAUAGAAAAUUGCAAGACCAGGUGCGACAUUAUGUGGAAGCGGAUGUGAAUAAACGACGGGAAUAUCUUAAGACUGUGGCCAUGACGUCACCGGACAGCUCUACGGAAUCGCAGUCGCUGCAUAUUUUACCUGACUACAUGCUGGCCUUUGCCAUCCCGGUGCUGGUGCACGAUCCCAGCUUCACGAGCCACGAGGACUAUGUGCAGCUGCGCAAGAUGGAAAAGUGUUUGCGUUUCAUACUGGAACCGCUGAUGGCGAAACGCGAGUCAUUUGUCUAUGGCUUCUACAAACAGUUGCUGCAGCUGAUCAAACAGCGCGAGUAUAGCCAGAGCACGGACAAGGAUAGAAUGCAAAAUAACUAUAAAAUGUGGGCGCUCUGUGAUCUCGCCAUGCACAUAAUCGAUGCUAAAGUUGGUCAAUGUGAUGGCAAUUCGAGCGCAUUCUCAAUGCCACUGGCGCUGCCUGAAAUGUACUAUAAACUGCCCGCCGUUGCAAAUUUCCAGAAUAAUGAAAUCUAUAUACCGUUGGACGUAUACACCCUGGGCGCGAAGACAAGUAAAGCCUCUGCGACGACGACAACGGCUACGUCACAUGCAACUGCUGCUGGUUCUAAACGGGCUGCAGCGUUGGCAAUUAUGGAUGAUGACAAUUCACAGGAAAACAAUCUAUUUGAUAACAUACGUGCCGCAGACACAACGGAGCCAAUGACUAAGCGAACGCGCGGCGGUGCCGCAGCGCCCGCCAAAUCGUAGAGAAGAAUGCGGCUACUUGUUAGUUUAGUGUUAGUCUAGGCCCUAAGUUAACUAAAUAUUUAAGACGUAGAUGGGUACUACGAUUAGAACACACACACAAACAAACAAACAAACACACACACACGGACCAACAAGAAACCCUCAACCGACAGACAAUUGCAUCCUUGAAAUUAUUGUAACCUCUGUUGUGUGUGGAUGGAUGUAACAAACAGACCAACCAACAUGGCAACAUAAAAAUCUCUGAUAGUGUCGCCUAAUUUGUUAAUUUUAGUUGUAAUUUUGAAAGAGCAUAGUUUUACCUCUAUUAAUAUUAUUUUAUUAUAUAUUUUAA